AAUGAGCAUUUCAUCAAACUCAAAAUAAGAAAUUGAACCCAAUUAGACUACAACCAAUGUAUUUAAAUAACACAAAUGUUGUUUUAGACAAAAUUCUUAUGGACACCAAAAGAUGAGGAAAAACUUAAAGAGCUUCAUAUAUUACAAUAGGGUAACUGGAAAUCCAUAAGUACUUUAUUAAAUGGUCCUACUCCAAUUGAAUGUAUGUAUAGAUGGCAAUAACUUCAUCCAGAUUAAGUAUGUUAUUUAUAAAAACAAAGACUCCCUCAAGAUAGUUAUGGUCUCCUUAAGAAGAUGAAUAGUUGAAAGAAUUAGUAGAAAAAUUUGGAAAAAGAUGGAGUAAGAUCUGUACAGUAAUGAAUUGGAGAACAGGAAAAUAGGUUAGAGAGCGUUAUUUGAAUUAGCUUUAAGGGACAAUAAAUUAAGAUAAAUGGACAGAAGAGGAAGAUAAAUUGAUUCUGAAACUAUAUAGGAAGUUUGGAACUAAAUGGAGUUAUAUUUCAAGUUUUUUGAAUGGAAGACCUGUAAAUUAAAUAUUACUAUAAACAUAGGAAAAUAUGGUUAAGAAUAGAUUUUAUGCUAAUCUAAAGAGAAAAUAUUAAUGUGAUAUAGUAGAUUCUGAUGAUGAUGAUUUUGAAAAGGAAUCUGUUAUUUCAUCAGACAAUGACGAAAAAAUUAAACUUAAAAAAAGAAGAAAAUUACCUAAAUCAACAAAGGAUGAUCAAAAAUAAAAAAAAAUUUAAGUUAAUGAUGUAAAUUUAGAAAAUCUCCAAAAAAUGACGAGAUCAAAGUAGAAUAAAUAAAAUGAUGAAAAUAGCUAAAAAUUAGAUGGGUCUAAUGAAAAUAGUUAAAGUAUUUGUUUUUUAAAUAUUUAUUAAGGAUUUCAUAAUGCCAACUCUUUGUUCUAUAAUCAAAUCACUAAUAUUAAAGAAGAAAAUUUAUUAAAAAUUAAUCACAAUAAUAUUAAUUCUUAACUUCUUCAACAAACUUAUCCUAAUUAGACAGCAAACUAAGAUGCUUUGAUGAUAAAUAAUUCUGAUAUAUUCUAAUAAUAUUCCAAUAUGGCACUCUUAAAUUAGUCGAAUCCAUAAAUAGUCUCAGAUCAAAAUUAACAUUAAUAUUAACAACAAAAUAACUUAUCUUAAUUACCUUUUGCACAAUAUCCAGGAAUUCAAAUGAUGAACCCAUUCUUAGGUUUUGUCUCUCCAUAAAAAUAAUUUGUAUAUUAGUUACCUUUUCAAUAAAAUUAUUAUGAUUAGAUUAACUAUUUACAAAAAUGGAAUGAAUUCUCUACAUUAUACAAUAAGUAAUUAUUGUAUAAUGGUUUGUAACCAUGAG